UCCCACAAAAAGAUUCUUGGAACAUAUUUAUUAUUUUAUUGAUUUCAAUUCCAUUUUUCUCAUUUGUUUUUAUGGAUUCUAUGUGUGCGUAUGUAUGUGCACGUGGAUAUCAAAUCAACAUUUAAUAGCAGUUGAAAUUGAUUUCAAUCAAAAUAAAAUCGUCCAUAAAUUUUUCGGCCGUCAAAUCAUUGCUGCUCACUGCAUUUCCUGCGAUCAAUGCCUGUUAAUUUCAUGUCGUUUGUGUAUUAAUUGAGUGGGGUUAAAAGGGGGAAAUGAAAACGAAGGCGGAAGAAGGUUGAGGAGUUCUUGCUGUUCACGUUUCUGUUCCCUUUUGUUUUUUUGUCUUUCAUGCGCUCCCCUUUUGCUUGCAAUAUUCGGCCUAGAAUUAAUGCUUUUGGUGUUUCUUCACUGAUAUCAGUGGCUUCCUUGAACUUCUUAUCCUCAGGUGCUUAAAGAUCUAUCUGACGAGAUGGGAACUAGUUCGUGGGAGCUCUUUCCCCGGUCUCAUUCUUAUCGCGUGCCAAGUGAUGCCUCACUUCACUCGAUUUCGUUGCCUGUUCUUGCCAAUGUGAAGUUGAGUAGCAGUGAAGGGAAGAGUGAUCUUCAGUCCAUGUAUGAUACCUCCAGCAGCUUAAAUGAUAUUGAUCAGGAGCUAAAGGGUAAUUAUGCGGUUGGGAGCUUCCUCCCCGAUGAUGAGGAUGAACUCCUAGCUGGGAUAAUGGAUGAUUUUGAGGCCAAUUGGUUGCCCAACAUAGUAGAUGAUAUGGAGGAAUACGAUCUUUUUGGUGGAGGAGGUCUAGAAUUGGAAUCCGAUCCCCAAGAAAACUCGAGAGUAGGUUCUUCUACUCUUAGUUUAUCCAAUGAUGGAAUUGGCAACACAGUGGCUUAUUCCAAUCAAACUAAUGGCGUGGGCACAGUUGCUGGGGAACACCCUCUAGGAGAGCAUCCUUCCAGAACAUUAUUUGUUCGCAAUAUCAAUAGUAACAUUGAGGAUGCAGAACUUAGAACACUCUUUGAGCUAUAUGGUGAUAUCAGAACAUUGUACACUGCAUCUAAACAUAGGGGUUUUGUGAUGGUUUCUUACUACGAUAUUCGUGCUGCUCGAACUGCCAUGCGAGCAUUGCAAAACAAGCCACUCCGGAGGAGAAAGCUAGAUAUUCAUUUCUCAAUUCCCAAGGAGAACCCUUCUGACAAGGAAAUAAACCAAGGAACUCUGGUAGUAUUUAAUUUGGACCCAUCAGUCACGAACGACAACCUUCUACAAAUUUUUGGGGCUUAUGGCGAGGUUAAAGAGAUAAGGGAAACGCCACAUAAGAAACAUCAUAAAUUUAUUGAAUUUUAUGAUGUCAGAGCUGCAGAAGCUGCCCUUAAAUCCUUGAAUAGAAGCGAUUUAGCUGGGAAACGUAUAAAGGUGGAACCUAGUCGGCCUGGUGGGGCACGUAGAAGUUUGCUGCUCCAUAUGAAUCACGAGGUUGAGAAAGACGAAAGAACCUUGCACAAAGUAGGCUUGCCUCUUGGGAAUUCACCCCCUGCUACGUGGCCUCACCUUAGCAGCCCUAGUGUUGGAAGUCCUCUGCUAAACUUCAGUAAAUCACCUGGUUUUAGUUCAGCAGGUAGCAGUUGGGGCAGGCAAGAUACCUUUGAACUGUCUCACUCACUUCCAGAGCAGAAGUCGAGUCAGUUUGUCGGGUCUGAUUCUUUCUUUGGUUCUUUCAAUGGAUCCACUUCCGUACCAUUUACUGGUCCUGAGCUUUACUGGGGAAGUUCAUCCAAACAGACCAAUUCUACACCGAUAACUCAAGCUGUAAGGAAUCCUUUUAUAUCUGGUGGUAAUCACGGGAGUCUUUACGACUGGUCUCAAAUCCAGCAGCAGCAUCACCGUUACCAUGCUGGAUCUGCUCCAUCUGCUGUCCCCCUCCAACAAAAAUUCGGCUAUUUUCAUGAGUCGCCCAAAUCAUCAUUUGCUAGACCUGGUUGUACACGUGCUGCUUACUUGGGCGACUUAAAUGAUUCCAGCUAUCGUGAUGUUACCAAUUCCACUGUUCCUUUGAUGAAGUCAGUAUCAGUGGGAGAAGGAUCUCCUGUUUCUAGCAUGAUAUCAUCUGCAAGACCAAGUCAUGUGUUUCAUGGUAUUGCUCGUUUCCCCGGACAUGCAGCGUCUAACUGGGAGGCUUUGGCCGAACGUGGGAGGUCUCGACUCAUUGACACCAAUGGGAUCCAAAUAGAUAACAAGAACCAAUUUCAACUUGAUAUCGACAAGAUUAGAACUGGUGAAGACACUCGAACAACUCUGAUGAUAAAAAAUAUCCCCAACAAAUACACAUCAAAGAUGUUACUGGCUACCAUUGAUGAACAUUGUAAAGGAACUUAUGAUUUUCUAUAUUUGCCCAUUGAUUUCCAGAACAAAUGCAACGUUGGUUACGCAUUUAUCAACCUGCUGUCUCCAUUAAACAUCAUCCCAUUUUAUGAGGCAUUCAAUGGAAAGAGGUGGGAGAAAUUCAACAGUGAAAAAGUCACCUAUUUGGCAUAUGCUCGAAUUCAAGGGAAGGCUGCCCUCGUUGCCCAUUUCAAGCACACGACUUUGAUGAAUGAAGAUAAGCACUGCAGGCCGAUUCUCUUUGACUCAGAAUUCCUAGAGUCUAACAAUAAGGGCCUCCAAAAAAAUGUUCAAGUCAACGCGAGCACCGGAGUUCAACAUUCAAACGAAGGACAAGCAGGGAAUCUGGCCGGUAGCGAUCAAGAUGAGAGAGCAGUAAUGGCGAAUGCAUCAAGGUAAAAGGACACACUUUUCUCAUUAAUGGAAAAUUUUGGGAACGUAGUUCCAUUGAUGUCAAGUGUCUGUAUUAAGAUUCUUGUUUGAAGUAAUCAAAUUAGAUUUGAUGUUUUUUGUUGGUCAAAUCUGAUGGUUAUCUUAGUCGAUCGCCUCAACUUUUUUGAGAACCUUAAUUAUGUACAUGAGGGGAUUAUGUAUUUCUAAAUGUGGAGAGAUAUUAAUUUUUUGAACAAA